UCUCUCUCUCAUGGCGCCGAGAAUUCUGCUUUGUGGAGAUGCUCUGGGACGUCUCAAUCAGCUCUUCAAGCGAGUUCAAUCGGUCAGCAAGUCGGCCGGUCCGUUUGAUGCCCUGUUCUGCGUCGGACAGUUUUUCCCUGAUUCUCCGGAACUGUUGGAAGAGUUCUCGGACUACGUCGAAGGGCGAGUUCAGAUUCCCAUCCCUACUUACUUCACCGGUGACUAUGGCGUCGGUGCAGCCAAAGUUCUCUCGUUAGCCUCGAGGAAGGCCUCCAAUCAAGGUUUUAAGAUGGACGGUCUCGAGAUUUGCCACAACUUGUUUUGGUUGAGAGGAAGCGGGAAAUUUACUCUUCAUGGUUUGUCCGUUGCUUACUUAUCUGGUAGGCAAUCAUCCGAUGUCCAACAAUUUGGGAAAUAUAGUCAAGAUGAUGUCGAUGCCAUCCGAGCACUUGCAGAAGAUCAUGGGGUUGAUUUAUUCUUAACUAAUGAAUGGCCGGUUGGGGUCACAAACAGAGCUGGGGCUUCUGAAAUCCCUGUCGGAAUUUCUGAUUCUACUGGUAGCGAUUCCACAGUGUCUGAGUUGGUAAUGGAAAUUAAACCACGCUAUCACAUUGCAGGUUCUAAGGGGGUAUUUUAUGCUCGUGAACCAUAUGUCAACACUGAUGCUGAUCAUGUAACCCGCUUCCUCGGUCUUGCUCAAGUUGGAAACAAAGAAAAACAAAAAUUUCUCCAUGCGAUUUCUCCUACACCAACAUCUACCAUGUCGGCAUCUGAGCUUAGUGCAAAGCCUCCGAACGCGACUUUAUGUCCUUACAGUUUACUAGAGGGAGCAUCAGCACCUACUGAAUCUAAGAAGAGGUCAAGCGAUGAUGUUUCUGAUUCGCAGUAUUGGAGGUAUGAUGUUGCACAAAAACGGCAAAAGAAUGGAUCUGCAGGAGAAAGGCCUUGUUUCAAAUUUAUAUCUUCUGGGUCCUGUUCUCGUGGGGAAAAGUGUCACUUCCAACAUGACAUGGAAGCAAGAGAACAAUGCCGCAGAGGUGUUUGUCUUGAUUUUAUCAUCAAAGGUAAGUGCGAAAGAGGACCAGAUUGCAGCUACAAGCAUGAGUUACAAGAUCAAAGUCAAAGUGAUUCACAAAGGAGGUCGAGAUCUGCAAAUGCUAACAGGUCAAAAGAGUGCUGGUUUUGUUUGUCAAGCCCAAAUGUGGAAUCGCAUUUGAUCGUUAGCAUAGGAGAAAGUUUUUAUUGUGCUCUACCCAAAGGUUCACUUGUCGGAGACCAUGCCUUGAUAAUCCCAAUUGAACACUGGCCAAAUACUCUUUUGUUAUCUUCCGAGAACGAAACAGAGCUCAGCAAAUACCAGAAUAGUGUAAGAAGUUACUAUAAGAGCCACGGAAAUGAUGCUGUGUUCUUUGAGUUGGUUUCUACACGAGGUACUCAUGCUAAUCUCCAGGCAGUUCCUGUUCCAUCAUCCAAAGCUCGUCUUCUUCCUAAUAUCUUCAAUCUAGCAGCUGAAAAGCUGGGGUUCACAUUCGUGACUAGAAAGUUUAGUGAUAGUUCUGAUGGCAGAAAAUAUCUGCAGAAGGAAUAUAAUAAAACUUCAGGUUUCUUCUAUGUGGAACUUCCUGAUGGAACAGUGUUAUCUCAUACUCUGGAAGAGAAUGAAAAAUUCCCUGUUCAAUUUGGGCGGGAGGUUCUAGCAGGCUUGCUAAAGAUCCCAGAAAGGGCUGACUGGAAGAGUUGUGCGGUUAGCCAAGAAGAGGAGGCAAAGUCGGCGGAAGAAUUCAAGAAGCAAUUUCAAUCAUUUGACCCUUUCGAAUAACUUUCCGAACUGAAGCUUGGAUCAACUGUAUGAUAUUCAGUUACCUUAUCUGUGGAACAUCAAGCUAACCUCGACAUCACCCAUUUAGUGUUUACACUUUAAGCUCCUCACAGACGGGAACUGAGGUCUUCUAAGGCAAUGAGGCAUAUACCUGGGCGUGUUGCCCCUUGUUCCAGCUAGUCUUGCUUGUGUUUACCUACUUAAAAGCAGCCUUAGCAAAAGGCAAAGGAAGCAAAUGCUUCUCAACAGCCUUGCAGAAGUUGGGAUCUGGAAUAUUAAAUGUGGAGGAUGUAUAUUCGUACCGUAUAAGAUAAGGAGAUCCGGAAUCUUUGAUAGACAAGUAGAGCAGCUUCAAUAAUGUUUACGGGUAAAGGCGAGUACUCUGACUUUGCUACCGUUAUACUUUAUCACAUAUGUAUGUUAUGGUUUCUAAUUGCGAUUCAAAUCAGCCCAUUA